GGCCACAAAGCAAAAGAAGCAGCAAAGAGAAGGCGAAGGAGGAGCAGGGGCCAGGGUCCUGUGGACUCGCCUGGAGAGGGUCACUCCCUCCAAAAGGUUGUGGAAAUAAAUUUGAAUAAACAAAACAGGUUUGCUGAAAAUAAAACCAGGACGCCCAAGCUGCUCCAGUCAGCCUGCUUCCACAAGGCCCCACCUGUCAGCCAGUGCAGUACCUUGGCUGGGCGAGCAGCAUCCAGUAUGAACCAGGUGGUCGUGUUCUUGGUAAUGGCCAUGGGAACCCACACCCUCAGUAUUCGGAUCAAGAAGGACUGCAUCCACUGGUCCAGGUGCUGCCCCAGCAAAGGCCAGGACUCCACUCAUGAAUGGCUGACGCAGAACACUGUGCUCAUGACCCCACCAGAGACCACUAGCCUCAUCCACCACCCAGAAUCCUGCAGGGCCAGUGAAGAUGGACCCCUCAACAGCAGGUCUAUCUCCCCCUGGAGAUAUGAGUUGGACAGGGACUUGAACCGGCUCCCCCAGGACCUGUACCACGCUCGUUGCCUGUGUCCACACUGUGUCAGCCUACAGACUGGCUCCCACAUGGACCCCCUGGGCAACUCGGAGUUGCUCUACCACAACCAGACUGUCUUCUACCGGCGGCCAUGCCCUGGAGAGCAGGGUGCCCGUGAUGGCUACUGCCUGGAACAAAGGCUCUACCGCGUCUCCCUGGCUUGUGUGUGUGUGCGACCCCGAGUGAUGGCCUAGUCAUGCGCCCAUGGCCAGUUCCUGGUUGGAACAGUGGAACUGGGUGUAUGACCACCUGCCAUGGUGAGCCAGGAACCCGAAUGCUCACCCCCUUCAAAGCACUACUGGAGCAGCAAAAUCAUGGGACAGGGUGGAGGACUUUGGGGGGAUCCGCACUUUUCACAUUUGGAGUGGAUGGGAAAUGCAGGGUGAAGCAACGGAGCUGCUUGAGGCCGCUAGAAGAGGGCGUCCUGCAUUUCCUCUUGGGAGAGGUCAUUAAGGCCCUGCUCCUUUCUGGAGCAUCCCUGUCUCUUCCUUUUCUCCCAUCCCCAGCUGGCCUGGCACAGCACAAGCACUUUCUUGCUACUUUCCCCUUUGUCAAUGGAGAGCCCCUCAUUUCAUUUGUUCGUUCAUCUGUCCGUCCAUCCAUCCAUCCAUCCAUCCAUCCAUCCAUCCAACACUCCUUGAGCAUCUCCUUUGCACAUACCUUGGUGCAGUUACUAGGCUCUGAGGAAGAGGCUGCUUAUUGAGCAUUGAGAGACUUAUCCAAAUAAAUAAUCUGUAUUUAAAA